CGAGCGGUAGCACUUCUGGCUUCACUUCCACCACCAAACUGCAGCAUUAGACAAUCCAUCUCGAUGCUUGUGGACAACUAGGCUUCGCAUCUUUUUCCGUCAUUACAACCGGAUCGGCUGAUUGAGUGCUGGCGGUGAUAUAAUCGCGCUCCCAAUCGUCGACUGGCUUACUCUCGGUGCUGGCAAUACACUUUCUGAUCCAGCAGCCAAUUUGUAGCAUUGGUCGCCUUCUUAGGAUAUGUCCAACGCUGGAAUUGCCCAGACAGCUGUUGUACACAUGCAUCGCCGCAAGUCGAGCAGGGACGAGGACGAUAGCGUCCUUGUGUUUCCUCGCGCCCAUACACCUCCUUCCAGCUCGGAGCCACCGACGUCUCCGUCCAAUGACACCAUCGCGAACGGUCAUCGGCAAUUAGAAGCCCCUUCGUCUCCUACCCGAAGCCGCAUAGCGUCAACGCCAGCGGUGAACGGUUCGCAGCCGUACCCUGACCCGCCACCAUCAGCAGGUCCACAACGUACCCGCUUCUCCACAGGCGUGCCGCGUCCCCAGAGUCUAUACGAUACGUCCGAGUCGCACGUCCCUGCUCAUAGGUUUCAGCCGCCAGGCAUGCGCCAGUCGCUCUCCCUCCCGGGCAACUCGCACGCGCGAACGCGCUCCGUAUCCGGGCCAUACUCCCCCGCCAGUCCCUCGCCGCUCUCCUUCUCAUUCCCGCCACAACCGCCACUGCUGAACAAGCUGUCCAGCUCUUCCACAGCGCCGGAGCUACGGUCCAAGGAGAAUGGCAUGAGCCCCUCGCCGUCCCUGUCGUCUCAGGCGCAGGCACAUGCGCGACGGCAUUCGCGUGUGCAUUCGCGCAACUUGUCGGUUUUCUUCCCGCGCCCGGGGACGUUGCCAUCUACUGCAAUUGCCGAAGAUGGUGGACAGGAGAUCAUCUUCGAUAGUCCACAGCCCGAAGGCAUACCCAUGCCAUCUGCUUCGCUAGGUCCUGGGCAUCGGAACUUCCGCGAAGGGUUCACAUUUGGUGCGCGUCCGCCAUCGUCGGGGAACUCUGCGCAGCCGAUGUCCGCGACCUCGUCGUCUUCGAAUGCCACCGCGCGUCGAGGGCAUCAUCAUAAACACUCCCUCUCGCACAACUUCUUUUCCUUCCUCGAGCCAGGCUCGCAGUCGCCCAACUCGCCCGUAGACUUGCACACCACCCCCGCUCUGGUUCCCGUUAGCCCUUGGAUGCCAAUCUCGCCGUUCCCCCAGACCGCCAUGGACGACAGGGGCUUGCAGACUGAACAUGCCCGAACAGAUCUGGCCGGCCCGCAGAGCCCGAUUGGGAAAGUGCGCGCGACACCGAGGGUCGCGCCAGAGGCGGUGGGCGCUGCAGUGACGCAAUUUCUGCUUGGCGUGUCGCUCUGGGUCAUCGCACAACAGGUCGGGUCGUUGGCUUGCACAGGUCUGGGUUACUGGGUCGUGUUUGAUGCUUUGGGUGUCGCGUUGGCCCAUGUAUUGCCUGGAUACCUCGCGAGACCUUCGAUGAAAGUCGAGAUGAGGCGGCCAUUUGGGAAUGCGCGGAUAGAGACGGUGAUAAUGUUUUCGCAGUCGGUGUUUCUAAUAUUUGCGUCGGUCUAUGUAUGUAAAGAGACCGUCGAACACUUGCUGCUUGCUUCCGGAGAAGGACACCAUCACCAUAAUGGUGACGAAGUGACAGAAUUCUUUGGCAUCGAGUUCCCGGUCGUCACGUUAGCACUGACGCUCGUUUCGCUAUUUAUUACCUCUGUUGUCUUCAACAAUCAUUCAAGGCUCGUCAGCACGGCCGGUAACUAUAUUCCACCAUUAACAUCGCUCUUUCCGACUCGCUAUCGACAUAUCGUACCAUACACCUACCCAACCCGCCUAGCCAAUCUGCUAUCAAAUCCGUAUUCCCUUGCACCCGUCGGGUUCUGCUUAUUGUUGCUCUUUGGCCCGGCGUUCAUACCUCCUUAUCAGCAUCGGUUCUUCGACUUAGUCCUUGCUGGCCUUGAGACAGUGGUGACCUUCAGCCUCGCAUACUCUGCUGCAGUAGCGCUUGGUGCAACAUUGUUACAGACAGCUCCAGCACGGGGACUCGCAGGAGGACGCAUGGAGGCGUUCCUACGAGCCAUGCGAGAGAUUGAACGCCAUCCUCUGGUCCUCCAUCUACCUGCGCCACAUAUCUGGCAACUUACUCCCAACCUAACACUCCCUCAAGAUCACUUUAUUUACACCCGACAUACAUCGUCUGCAGGUGAAACGAAGGUACAAGGACCCGCACAGUCGCUCGUCGUGACGAUUGAGCUGCAUGUUCGGAGAGAUUUGGAGGACGACGAAGUUCUCCGGCUGACGAAAUGGGCGUGGGAGCGAUGCUCACAUGCCUUGCACUUUGGUUCGCGAGGUGGGGAGGGUGGUGAGGCGGAGGCGGAGGUCACGGUGGGGAUUGUGAAGGGGUAA